CAUCCAUCCGUGUCCAAUGUGAGGGGGAGGUGAAACAGUUGAGAGCUUGCUGUGUUAUUAACUGGCAUUAUUUAGUUGCUUCAGUCUGGAGAAGACACGAGUCAAGACUGCUCCUUAUCAGAAUUCCAGCCAGUUGGAGCAACAAUGACUUCCCAUGUGAAACUCAGGAAGGAGAGGGUUGGUUUGGUGGACUACGACACACAAAUCAAAGAGGUCCGUUGCCAGCUUGUAGACCAGCUGAAGGUGUUGGACUUGCAACUUGAGCAGAAGAGCCAGCAGCUGCAGGACCUGACUGACUAUCUGCGCAGACGGGGCGAGAUUGAAAGCGAGUACGCCCGUUCCCUUGAAAAACUCGCUGAACGCUUCACGUCCAGGAUCAAGAGAAAGGAGCCCAGUAGUCACUCAGUGGCCCAGGUCUGGCUGGCUCUGCUGUCCCAGACCCGCCAAGAAAGUAGGGACCACAGUGGCCUGAGUGAUUGCUGCAGUAACUUCCUCAUCCAGCCUCUCACACACUGCCUGGAGUACACACAACGCCUUGCUAAGAAGCAAACGAUAUCUUGUGGUUCACUGUGUUCCUCCUGCGUUUUGCCAUCUCACUUUGUGGUAUUUCGUCUCCAGAGUAAAGACAUCUGCACUCAGCUGCAAGACGGGCUACUCAAGGUUACCACAGAGCUGCAGACUGCAUGGCGGACAUACUACCAGUACCACUCAGACUACGUGUGUGCAGAGGGGAAGCUGAAGGAGGCAGAGAAACAGGAAGAAAAGCAGAAGCAGAGUGCUGCUAAGAAACUGGAGAGGUUGAUAGAGAAAAGACAAGGUAAGGUCCAAGACAUCUACCUGAAGUGCAGCAAGGCCCGAAACGAUUACCUCCUGAACUUGGCUGCUGCCAAUGCCUCCAUGAAUAAGUACUACCUCCACGACAUCUCUACUCUCAUAGAUUGUGCAGAUGCAGGGUACCACCUCUCUUUGGGCCGGGUGAUGCGGGCCUACCUGUCCAGUCGGUGGCGCAGCCAGCAGAACCUGAGCACGGGGCUGCAGCAGCUCCAAAACACAGUGUCUGGACUGGACCAGAGCCAGGACCGAGACGCCCUCCUGCAGGAUCACUUUAACACCUUUUGUAUGCCCCUUCGCUUCUCUUAUCAGCCCCAUGAUGGAGACCAGGUUUGUGAGGUUAGUGCAGAGUGUGAGAUGAGAUGCGAGCUGGAGACCAGAUUCAAACAGAUACAAACCAGACUGAAAGCAGUCACCCAGGAAACAGAGGAGGCGAGUAAGAGCAUGUUGGCAGCCCAGUCUUCCCUGCUGGAGAGCAUCACUGAUGACGAUCUGGACUCUGGCAACGGUUCGUCUCAGGACGGCAGCACUGAGAACCUGACAGUCAAGCCCAGUGCGGCCCGACGCAGGGCCAACCUGCAGGAAAUAGAAAACCUCUACAGCACUAGAAUAAAAGAGUACCUUUUAGGCAGCUCCCUGGUGUCUAAACUGCAAGCAAAACAUGACCAGCUUAAAGUGGCUGUGGAAAAAGCUGAAGCAUCAAAUGGACAUCAGCCUCGACACAAUGGAAAGUCUAUGCGUGUCAGGAAGAAUCACUCAAGUGGCAAUUUAAUGCACAAUCACAAGCUUUUCAAUGGCGACAUGCUGUCCUUCAUACAGGCAUCAGGACAGCAAAUUCCAGUUGUUGUGCAAAGUUGCAUUUGCUUUAUCAACCUCAAUGGUCUACACCAUGAAGGGAUAUUUAGAGUGCCGGGGUCUCAGAUGGAGAUCAACAACUUGAGGGAUGCAUUUGAGCGAGGAGAAGACCCUCUGGCUGAGCAGAGUGUUGACCUGGACUCUGUUGCUGGAGUGCUGAAGCUCUACUUCAGAGGUCUGGAGAAUCCCCUCUUCCCCAUCAAAAGCACUGGCCAACUCCUGGAGCAUGUCCAAAUAAAAAACGAGGCAGAGAGAGCAGCUCAGCUCAAAGGGGUCAUCUCUUCCUACCCCAAGCCUGUCGUCAUUGUGAUGAGAUACCUCUUUGCCUUCCUUCAUCAUGUGUCUCAGUACAGCGACGAGAACAUGAUGCAGCCUUACAACCUGGCCGUGUGUUUCGGCCCCAGCCUGGUGAGAGGGGCUCAGGACGAUGAUGUUGUCACCCUGCAGCCUCAGAUCAACGCCCUGGUGAAGAACAUUAUCAUCCAGCAUGAGAGCAUCUUCCCCAGCCAGAGCGAAUUACAAGGGCCGGUGUACGAGAAGUGCAUGACGCUGGAACAGGAUGACUGUGAGCCUAUUAUUGAAGAGGGGGACGUAGAAGCUGAGUGCACCCGUUCCAAAGAUGAGUUGGAAACAGGGCGCUCAUCUGACAACACCAUCAGCUCGUCAGCAGCACCAACACAGAAAAAAACAGAACGUCCUCGAGCCAACAGCAGCGGUUCGAUGGACCAAAGCAGGCUGACAGGUGGGCCAGCGGGGGGCGGCCUCGCUUCAGGCGGGAAGCUAAUGCUCCAGAUUCCCGUCGGGCCACAGUGCAAGCCACGGCGGGGCCACUCUCCUGGCAACGUGCGCAGAGAAUUUCAGGAACACUCGUCUUCAGAGGAUAUCUCCGUCCAAGUAGACAAGGAGGUCUGUCGCCAGAUGGACUCUGUCUUCAAGGAGCUCCUCUUGCGGCAAGUGGUGCAGGAUCCCUCCUCCACCGCCCCCUCUCCCUCUGCCCAGGCUCCCCAAAGGAAGGAGAGGCGGGAUGGACACAGGGGUAGAGGAGCAGGGCUCUUCAAAGUCGCAAAUCCACUGGACUGAGAGGACUGGCAACAGUAGAUGACAUGGAAAGAGAGAGAGUGAUGAUACUAAGGAAAACUGAGAUGUAGAGUGAUGUGCUCUGACAGUAGCUUUCAGCACAUCUAUUUGUAGAAAACUGAGAUCACUGACCCAUAGUCACUUCUCUGAGGUCCCUGUUGGUUUGGGCUUCUUCCCACAGGGUGGCUCCCUAUUCAGAGGCCCUUUCAGUCAUGUUUUGUACAGCAGAACCCUGCUGUGACUGCAGACCUGCAGUACAAUGUGCAAACUAUGCAUUACUUGCACAGAUGUGUUUGUGAAUAGCUGAAUGUGGUUAUGCAACUAUCUGCAUCUGUGUAGCUGUUGAUGUUAAACUGUUUUCAGUUCAAGCCAAAUUUUCUCAGUUAUUUUUAGUCAGUACACGCACAUCUACACACAAGCACAAGUACAUUAUUCGUCAAAUGUCUGUUUAACAAAAUGAGAUGGAGUCACAUAGAUAAGAAAACUGUGAAUACUGUAUCUCUAAGGAAUUUGUAUAUAUUAAUGAUUUGUAACUUGAUUCACAUUUUAUGAUUUGUCUGUAUAUGAAGGCUACAUGCCAAAUAAAUAUUUUGUCUAUU